CUGUGACAGAAACACUGGAAUGCGUCUUUGGCCACUUGUGAUGGACAAUAUCGCUACACAAUGAGAUGAAAUGCUGCAAAACAUUUUAUUCCUGAACAAGCUGUCUGUCCACAUCAGGUAUUGAACAGAUCUUCCAAACUUUCUGACCUGCUCAUGGCAAAGAUGAGCUGGACCACCGGUACUCAAUGUGUUGCCAAGGGAGACCACAGGAAACCCAAACCUGGGGAGCUGUUGUAUCACAAAGGAGACAUUCUCACUAUUGUUGCCAUGACCACGAGUAAGAGAUGCUACAAAGCCAAACACAAUUCCACUGGAGACGAGGGGAUCAUAAAUGUCGCCGACGUGCGGGAAAGAGAAGCUCUACGAGUGGAUCCAAGCCUCAGCCUCAUGCCAUGGUUUCACGGGAAGAUUUCGGGCCCAGAGGCAGUUCGUAAGCUGCAACCGGCUCAGGACGGCCUGUUCCUGGUGCGCGAGUCAAUCCGACACCCUGGCGACUACGUUCUGUGCGUCAGCGCCUGUGGGGAAGUCAUGCACUACCGAGUGAUGUAUCAAGACGGCAAAGUGACUAUUGACAACAAGCAGCACUUUUACAACCUCAUUGACAUGAUUGAGUUCUACUCUCAAAACAAGGGUGCCCUCGCUCAAACACUACUGAAGCCGAAACCAAAACACGGAGCAAAGUCGGCUGAGAUGGAGCUGACAAAAGCUGGAUGGCUGCUGGACAUCAGCACACUGAAGCUGGGCCACACCAUUGGGGAGGGGGAGUUUGGCGCUGUGUUCGAAGGUGAAUAUUUGCACCAGAAGGUGGCGGUAAAGACCAUUAAGUGUGAUGUCACAGCUCAGGCUUUCCUGCAGGAGACCACAGUGAUGACGAAGCUCCAACAUAAAAACUUGGUCCGCUUGCUGGGAGUCAUCUUGCACAAAGGCCUUCUUAUUGUCACAGAGCUCAUGACUAAGGGAAAUCUGUCAAACUUUCUGAGGACAAGAGGACGUUCACGCGUUAGCUCCGUGCAACUACUUCGCUUUGCACUAGACGUGUGUCAGGGAAUGGAGUACCUAGAAUCCAAGAAGCUGGUCCACAGAGACCUCGCGGCUCGUAACAUCCUGAUCUCUGACAACGACGUGGCUAAAGUUGGCGACUUCGGGCUGACUCGGGCGGCCUCGAGGGUGUCGGAUAAGCAAUGUGCCAAACUGCCUGUCCGCUGGAGUGCCCCUGAAGCUCUGAAGAAACAGAAAUACUCCACAAAAUCAGAUGUUUGGAGUUAUGGCGUUCUUCUCUGGGAAAUCUUCUCCUAUGGCCGUCAACCAUACCCAAAGAUGGCUUUGAAGGAAGUGACUGAGCGAGUGGAGGGUGGCUAUCGUAUGGAGGCACCGCGGGACUGUCUCCCCGCUGUUUACGCCCUCAUGACCCUUUGCUGGGCCAAGGAACCUCGUAGAAGGCCUGCUUUCCAUAAAAUGAGGGCGAAAUUAGAAGAAGAGAUGGCCAAACGCAGCCCGGGUUACGAGUCGCUACAUCAAAAUGGAGUCGGGCGUGCAACCGGAUGUGGAGGUGGAUAUGCCACUCACAGUGUUUAAUUUGCAUCUAUUGGAUGACUUUAUGAAUAUUUUGGACGACAGAACAUUCAAGCUUAAGGUACACCUACAAAUUUAGAUAUGACUGCAUGUAAUGAAAUGUUAUUUGGAGCAAUUUCACUUGAGUCAGCAGAAAAUGAAGUCAAGUCUUUUGCUGGAUUGUUGUCACAUCGGAUGAGCGCGUUGAGGAGAUUUAAGUCAGCGUAAGCUCGGUAUUUGUCUCCGUCCCGUGAGACGAGAACCCAAAUUGAAGCUUGAGCCUCAUCGCCAAAUGAACCAGCGUACAGCAUUGCUUCAAUCUGCUCCCUGGGGUUUUUUUUCUUUUUUUUUUUUCUCAAGACCCAUAAUGGGGAUGAGCUGCAAUUUCCUCCACAAGGAUUUACUGCAAAACCAAAUGUAGAAAAUGAUGAUAAUAAUAAUAAUAGAAGAUUGGAUGGGGUUGCGUGAAGGAUUUACUUUUGCUUGCCGUGUACUGGGCUGUGUUUUUGUGUCACAGGACAUACUGGUGCUUUUAUCCCAUUGGCCAUAUGUUAAUGGUGCAUCUAAUACCUUCCAAGGUGGGCUUUCUGUUUGACUGACAGACAACAAGCUGUUUAAUGACCAUUAAGCAUUGAAACCUUUUCACUAGCACUUAAUAUCCUUCACAGUCCAUCUUUAUCGCUAUUUAUCUGUCAUUAGAACAUUUUAAAAUCCAUCAAUCACUUAUUGUGAGUUUUAAAAAUGAUUUGGUACUUUCCAAGUAAUUAUUUACUAUGUGACAUAGUAUUUAUUAGAUUUUAAAGUUUCAAAUCCACAUGUGCACUCAUUUGAAUCAUUUUGUCUCCACUGACCGGAUAUACAGUAGGUGGCUUUUAACUUGAGUCGUUUAGAUCGUUUGAGUGGAGCAGUUGCAUAGAUUACCCGUCAACUAGCCACAAUCCCGCUAAGAACUUGUGUGUUUAGCCUUGUAGUGCCAGUAAUUAGGUCGUGCUCAAACUUGAGAUGCUGAAUUUAUUCGGCAAUGAUUCUAUUUUUAUUUGAAAGCGCUUGGUAAAUAAAUAAGUUGCAAUUAAUUCCGUAUUCAGGAUCAAAAACAUGUUUUCACCAACUGUUAUGAAGUGGUCUUGGUAUUCCGACAGUAUUCAUAAUAACAAAGACCAAAAUUCAGUAUUAUGAAAAUAGUGAGGAAUUUCCCAAAAGAAAAAAAACCGUGUUCUCCUCAUUAUACAAAAAGUCUUGAUAUUACAAGAAAAGUUACAUUAGGAAAGUUGUAUAAGACUUCAUUAUUUAAAAAAAAGUCUUGAUAUUUCAAGAAAAGUUACAUUAGUUAAGUUCUAUAAGAAUUGCAUACACCAAUUAAUAAAACAAUAUGAUUCUUUGCUUAUAUCAAAACAAUUGAUGUCGUAACAAUAAGACAAAAAAAAAGUAAUUAUAAAUGAAUAAAAAUACAAGGCAACUUAUUAAAUACAGUACUAUGUAGAUAACUGAAUGGGCCAUUUUGUACAGGAAAAGGUUAGGCCCUAGAGGUCAAGGAGUUUAAGAACAUCUGAUUCAAAGAAGCAGCUGUUGCUGUUUAUUACAUUAUGCGUGUUUUAUGUUCAAAGCAGUGCAUCUUUGCUGUUUAGUACUUUAUGCAUGUCUUAAAAGCAUCACAUGAACAUCACCUUCGCUACCUCACUCUUCCCUCCUCUUCCUUGGUGCGCCAUCUCCACACAACCUGUCUGUGCACCACUCGGGGUAAGCUGACACUGCGCAUUUACACGUUAGCUGCUUUUACCUUUAAUAGGAUCAGGGCGUCUUAAGUUGUCAUUUGAUAAAACCAAGCAGCUUGAAAACUACACUGCUGCCCCCUUAACCAAUUUAUGCACAGGAUAACGGGCAAAUGGUUGAACAGUAGAAGGGCAGAGAUUUGCAAGAGCAAAAUUGGAGCAGGAUAAUCGCCGCAAUCUUGUUGCGACUAAAAGAGUUGAAGUUUACCUUGUAAAUAUUGUGGUUCAUUCUUUACGAGUGAAUGGAAGACUGUGUUGAGAAAACGUCCCCUUGAAGAGGGAGAUACAAAAACUUUCAUGUUUUGUGAUACAUUUUUAUAUGUUAACAUAUUACAACACAAGACAGUCAAACAUCCUCUGAAAGAAAUUGUUUGUUUUUUUUAUUCAUCAAAAUUUCACUCUGCUCCAAAGGUAAGCAAAUAGAAACCAAAA